CGAUGAUGGAGUUGUGCAUUCUUGGUUGUGGUUAGUCCGUCCACCAUGGAUGAAUAAUGAAUGGAUUGGAUGGUCCCGGCUGUUUGUCCUUCCCUUUUUUGACGCCCUUUUCUUUUGUUCCACAGUUCUUUUUCUCUCUCUUCUCCCCACAUCACCUCCCCACCAAUCGCUGGCUUCAUUAUUUGUGGAUUGUUUGACCUAAAUAUUUUUGAGGCUUUUCCCCCCUCCUCCCUUCACUUUCUUGUGGAUUGUUUCUUGCUUCAAGCUGAUUCCCAUAUAUCUGGGCAUUGCUGUUACUCUGGCGAGGUAGGUAACCAAAUCAGACUGUGCAGUUCAUGGAUAAGAUGGUAAGAGUCGAAGGAAAGAAUAUGAGUACAAACAGCGACGCACGGUCAACAUCAAUGGAAGUAGACAUUGACAUUAAUCUUGAUUGGGAUAUCAGUCAGCAACCCUCCGCAAGCAGGCGUGAGGAUUCUCGGGAUGACGACAGAGGAUCCCGUCAUCGGCUGUUUUAUAUGCUUGAGUCCCGCUCUCUCUUCUUCCACCCAGCACUGAUCGUCGUCGUCGUCGCUGCAAUAACAAUCGUUCUACGAAUCCUUUCCCACCGUCUAGCCCACCUCCCCGACAGUCUGUAAACUUUCUCAGUCCCUUUGAUAGCUCACUGAGUACUCAGUGCAAUAAUCAAUUUCAUCUCGUUCUUAACAAGUGCCACUGAACUGUCAGCGGGUACUCUCUGAUUGGUUUGAAUAUCAUCACAAUUCCAUCUCCUGUAUGAUGCCUGCUGCAGCCCACCCUGCCGGUGUCCAAUAAGUUGACCGCUUCGCAUCAACCUCCAUCCUGUCACUUGUUCCAUCUAGUUGUCUCCAUCUUUUUCCUCUUCGGAUAUUCGGUUUUUUUUUUUUCCUCUCACUGACCCUCCUCCCCCCCUUCUUUACCCCCCUUCGGUUCGUCCCAUGAGGGCAGAUCCACUGUACCAACCACCAUCUGAUCCAGAAUCCUUAAGCACCUCGAUAAUCCCAAUCCCCAGUCGCUUCGACC